UUUUUCAAGUUCAGUCGCUCUGGGGGCCGGGCUUCGGAAGCUGGGGGCGUGGUUCUCUUUUGGGGGCGGGACUCUUCCGGAGACCAGAGUGGAGUCUCGAAGUUGAGCUUUCCUAGCGAGCGGGAGGCGAGGUUUGGGGCGGGGCCACAGUGAUGGGCGGGCCCAGAGGACCGCCCCCGGCGAGCUGUCGCCCUGCGCUCAGCACCUAGGAGUCACUCACGGCGAUCCUUUCCUCCCGCUGGUGUCUGUUCUCAGCCAUGGCUCUGCGCUGCUGGCGCCGGUGGCACUGGUCCGCGUGGCCUAGGGUCCGGCCGCCUCCCUCCAGGAGCACCCCGACCCCAGGCUUCUGCCAGCAGUUCUCCACACGGGAAACGACCCCCCAGAUCUGUGUGGUUGGCAGUGGCCCAGCUGGCUUCUACACAGCUCAACACUUGUUAAAGCACCAUACCGGGGCCCAUGUAGACAUCUACGAGAAGCAGCUGGUGCCCUUUGGCCUCGUGCGCUUUGGUGUGGCACCUGACCACCCAGAAGUAAAGAAUGUCAUCAACACGUUCACACAGACAGCCCGCUCAGAUCGCUGUGCUUUCCGGGGCAAUGUGGUGGUGGGCAGGGACGUGUCUGUGCCAGAGCUUCAGGAAGCCUACCAUGCCGUGGUGCUGAGUUAUGGAGCAGAGGACCACCAAACCCUGGAAAUUCCUGGCGAGGAGCUGCCUGGGGUGGUCUCAGCCCGGGCCUUUGUGGGCUGGUACAAUGGGCUUCCUGAGAACCGGGAGCUGGCGCCGGAUCUGAGCUGUGACACAGCUGUGAUUCUGGGACAGGGGAAUGUGGCUCUGGAUGUGGCCCGGAUCCUGCUGACCCCACCUGAGCACCUGGAGAAAACAGACAUCACAGAGGCAGCUUUGGGAGUCUUGAGGCAGAGUCGGGUGAAGACUGUGUGGAUAGUGGGCCGGCGUGGACCCCUGCAAGUGGCCUUCACCAUUAAGGAGCUUCGAGAGAUGAUUCAGUUACCAGGAACCCGGCCCAUUUUGGAUCCUUCGGAUUUCUUGGGCCUCCAGGACAGAAUUAAGGAUGUCCCCCGUCCAAGGAAGCGGCUGACAGAGCUGCUGCUUCGGACAGCCACAGAGAAACCAGGGGUGGAAGAGGCUGCCCGCCAAGCACUGGCUUCCCGGGCCUGGGGCCUCCGCUUUUUCCGAAGUCCCCAGCAGGUGCUACCCACGCCAGAUGGCCAACAGGUAGCUGGCAUCCGCCUGGCAGUUACCAGACUGGAGGAUGUUGGUGAGUCCACCCGUGCGGUGCCCACGGGAGAUGUGGAGGACCUCCCUUGUGGGCUGGUGCUGAGCAGCGUUGGGUAUAAGAGUCGUCCCAUUGACCCCAGUGUGCCCUUUGACCCCAAGCUUGGAGUCAUUCCCAACAUAGAAGGCCGGGUUGUGAAUGUACCAGGCCUCUACUGCAGUGGCUGGGUGAAGCGAGGACCCACAGGUGUUAUCACCACCACCAUGACGGACAGCUUCCUCACCAGCCAGGUGCUGCUGCAGGACCUGAAGGCGGGGCUGCUGCCCGCUGGCCCCAGACCUGGCUAUACAGCCAUUCAAGCCCUGCUCAGCAAUCGAGGGGUCCGGCCAGUCUCUUUCUCUGACUGGGAGAAGCUGGAUGCUGAGGAGAUAUCUCGAGGCCAGGGUGCUGGGAAACCGAGGGAGAAACUGGUGGAUCCCAGGGAGAUGCUGCAGCUGCUGGGGCACUGAACCUGGACCCCAGGCCCCACCCUGAAGAAGAGAGUCUGUGCAAGGACGCGGGGCCUGAGGCCGUCUGAGCUGGAGUCCUCUCCUAGAUUCUUCGCCCAGAUACAGUGCUGACUACCCCGGCUUCAGGCUGAGCGGCGGCCCUUCCAGGGGCCUCUGAUCUCUGUCUUCUGCAAGUUGACCUUGCCCUUGUGGUUCUAGGCCAAGGAGGGAACCUUCGGUUAGGGAUGGGUGGAGGGACAGGCUGACUCUGCCCACUCCUACUUCCUUCCUGAUGAACUUUGGAGGGCCCCUAGAAUGGGAACACAGUGGAAAUAAAACAGCUGUACCUAAGA